CAUGGCUGAGAAGCAGAAGCACGACGGGCGGGUGAAGAUCGGACACUACGUGCUGGGGGACACGCUGGGCGUCGGCACCUUCGGCAAAGUGAAGAUUGGAGAACAUCAAUUAACAGGCCAUAAGGUGGCAGUUAAAAUUUUAAAUAGACAGAAGAUUCGCAGUUUAGAUGUUGUUGGAAAAAUAAAACGAGAAAUUCAAAAUCUAAAACUCUUUCGUCAUCCUCAUAUUAUCAAACUAUACCAGGUGAUCAGCACUCCAACAGAUUUUUUUAUGGUAAUGGAAUAUGUGUCUGGUGGUGAAUUAUUUGACUACAUCUGUAAACAUGGACGGGUUGAAGAGAUGGAAGCCAGGCGCCUCUUUCAGCAGAUUCUGUCUGCCGUGGAUUACUGUCACAGGCAUAUGGUCGUUCAUCGAGACCUGAAACCAGAGAACGUGCUAUUGGAUGCACACAUGAAUGCCAAGAUAGCUGAUUUUGGAUUAUCUAAUAUGAUGUCAGAUGGUGAAUUUCUGCGAACUAGUUGUGGCUCCCCAAAUUAUGCAGCACCUGAAGUCAUCUCAGGCAGAUUGUAUGCAGGUCCUGAAGUUGAUAUCUGGAGCUGCGGUGUUAUUUUGUAUGCUCUUCUCUGUGGCACCCUCCCAUUUGAUGAUGAGCAUGUGCCUACGUUGUUUAAGAAGAUCCGAGGGGGUGUUUUUUAUAUCCCAGAAUAUCUCAAUCGUUCUGUUGCCACUCUCCUGAUGCAUAUGCUACAGGUUGACCCCCUGAAACGAGCAACUAUCAAAGACAUAAGAGAGCAUGAAUGGUUUAAACAAGAUUUGCCCAGUUACUUAUUUCCUGAAGACCCCUCCUAUGAUGCUAACAUCAUUGAUGAUGAGGCUGUGAAAGAAGUGUGUGAAAAAUUUGAGUGUACAGAAUCAGAAGUAAUGAACAGUUUAUAUAGUGGUGACCCUCAAGACCAGCUUGCAGUGGCUUAUCAUCUUAUCAUUGACAAUCGGAGAAUAAUGAACCAAGCCAGUGAGUUCUACCUCGCCUCUAGUCCCCCAACUGGUUCUUUUAUGGAUGAUAGUGCCAUGCAUAUUCCCCCAGGCCUGAAACCUCACCCAGAAAGGAUGCCACCUCUUGUAGCAGACAGCCCUAAAGCAAGAUGUCCGUUGGAUGCACUGAAUACAACCAAGCCCAAAUCUUUAGCCGUGAAAAAAGCCAAGUGGCAUCUUGGAAUCCGAAGUCAAAGCAAACCGUAUGACAUUAUGGCUGAAGUUUACCGAGCUAUGAAGCAGCUGGAUUUUGAAUGGAAGGUAGUGAAUGCAUACCAUCUACGUGUAAGAAGAAGAAAUCCAGUGACUGGCAAUUAUGUGAAAAUGAGCUUACAGCUGUACCUAGUUGACAAUAGAAGCUAUCUUUUGGACUUUAAAAGCAUUGAUGAUGAGGUGGUGGAGCAGAGGUCUGGCUCCUCAACGCCCCAGCGGUCCUGCUCUGCUGCUGGCUUACACAGACCGCGAUCCAGUUUGGAUUCUGUAACUGCGGAGAGCCAUUUGCUCUCUGGCUCCCUCUCGGGCUCCCUGAUCGGAAGCACAUCGUCUUCAGUUCCACCUCGCCUGGGCAGUCACACCAUGGAUUUUUUUGAAAUGUGUGCCAGUCUGAUCACUACUUUAGCCCGUUGAUGAUCUUUCCUUAGUUUCUAUCUUUCUGUUUUUGCACUGUGAAAAUCAGAUAUAUUCUUUAAAUUAUUGUUUUACUUAUGGAUAUCACAUACUCUGCAGUACUGGUUGAGAGCUGUGACUAUCUCCAGGGGACGCUCAACGCCACUGAAAUGACUGAAAACGUAAAAGUCUGACAUUUCAUUUACUGUAGAUAUCUGUAAUUCUGUUCUGCCUAUGAUAAAUUUACAUAGGUAGUAUCUUUAAUACGUGAACAUUGAUGAAGAUUAUUGUUAAUCUAAAAUUGUGGAUUCACUACAGAUGAUUAAUACACCUUUACUGGUAAACCAUCUCAGUCAAAGGGUGGGUUGGCAACAUCUUCUUGCUUUACUAUUUAGUGUAGAUAAAUCCAGUUUGCUUCCUAAAUUUCAGCAGGCUUUAAGCUGUGUUUAUGCACAAGAAGAUUAAAAAAAUAGCCCAAACAUUAGUAAGAUAGUAAUUAAAUUUUGAAAUCUUAAGAGCCAGCCCCCCAAAUUUCAGAAACCAAGUUCUGCUAGCAGUUUUUGCAAAUGUUGCCCAGUGUUAAACAGAAGGGCUGUGGUCCUGAAACAGGUAACGGUCAUUUCCAGGUUCCUUAAAAACAGCUAUAACCAACUAGAGGUUUUAUCUCGAGAUUUUCCCGAAUAACAUAUUUAAGAGCCUUCAAGGUUCUACUCAGUACUGGAACAUACGGAAUUACAACCACCUUUGUCUUUUUCAUAAACUUAUAUCAUUUUACAACAUGCCUUCAAAAUCUACGUUUCUCAGAUUCUUUUUCACUCUAUUAUUUAUUUUUGUACUUCACCAAGCAUGAUAAAAUAGACAGUUAAAUGAAACAAAGCAAAAUGUCAACAGUCUCUAAAAGAGGACUCUUAUCUUUGAUCUCUUAUUGUGUGUGGUGGUGUGGAGCCGUGUGUAUGUGUGUGUCCUGUUGCAUCCCAUAAUGCUAAUUAUUCAUCAGAAGUUUGUUACUGUAUUCACCCCCCUCCCUCACCUUCCCUAGUCACCUUUGUCUUUGUUUAUUGUUUGAUCCUUAGUGGCUGAUUGACUCAGCUUUGAAACCUUUUCUGGUUCUCUUUCUUUCUUCUAUAUCUUGGUUGCUAGCCAUCCAGUUUGAAACACUGUUCUGGCCCUAAGGGCUUUUGUGUACUUCUUCCAAAGUUUGGUAGGCUGUGACUUUCACUUUUGAACCUGGUAGGGCAGGGAAGCCUUAAACAUUAAAAAAAUUCUCUCUUGAAUAAAUGUAUGUGUUGUUUACAUAUAUACAUAUAUGUAUUCGCACCAGUGCUUUUAAAUGAAAAACCAAACUUUUUUUUUUUUUGGCUAUGUGCAGGUUUUUUUAAGGCUUUUAAAAAAACAAACAACCUAUAUACAGCAGGGUAGAUAAGAGCCCAUUGAUUAUAUUUUGUUUUAGUAAAAAUAUUUAAUUUUAAAAUUAUGUAUAAUUUAUCGAAUUUGUAUUUAUUCAUUUGUCUUGUCUAAUAUGUUAUAAUUAACAAUCUCAUUCACCUGACUUACCCUAUAAAAGAUUAAGCUCUUGAAAACAAAAAGUGACAUUGCCUUGACAGGUUUCUCUUUGCCAAAAAUAAUGUGUUUUCUACCAAGAAGCAAAUGAGAAUGUUAGACCAGAUUUCUCUUGUGUUUAUGAAAGACAAGUAUGUCUGUCUUUCUUUAAAGAGCGUUGAGUCAGGAGUUUGCGGUGUGUCACAUCAUAUUGUUUUGCAGAACUUUUUAAAAAUGGUGUUAUAUAACUUUUAAGCCUGACUUCUUAAUAUCAAAAUACAAGGAAUCCUUAUUAGCCAAUUUGGGAAAGAGGGUGGGGUUGCAGGCAGUUAAGAUGUGUGAAGUUUAAACCUUUGAAAGAUUGCCACCUAGUGGCAUCGAAGGAUACUUUUUUGUGAAUAUUUUUAUAGGGAAAAGCAGUCCUGCUGCAUAUAGGUAUGGCAUAAUUUUGGCCUCAACAAAUGUGUAAAUACUUCUUUAGGGAAAAACAGGGCCACCUCAUAAUACUUGCCUAUGAAUGGGGUGACCUUCAAAAUAAGGAAUUAAUCUGAUUCCUUAUUCCCAAGGACAAAAUCCCUAACAAUUUUGAAGACAGAGAAACGGUAGGAAGGAAUCCAGUGGCAUUUUAGCUUCUUUAGUCUAAUGAAUCAAAUGUUAGAAACUUAUAUCAAAAUUGCUUUAAAUGGAUGACUGUCAUGUUUUUUAAGAGUUAAGAAGUUAUUUACUAUUUUCUCAUUCUUGCCAGUAUUUAUGAAUAUCUACAUUUUGAUAGCCAUCUGUUGAAUUUUAGGAGAACCAAGGGUCACAGUUUGGGUUCUUGUGUCCUUAAGGUUUUAGAGCACAGCUCUUCUGUGAAUGUAGAUGGCGUAGUACUUUGUUUGUUUGUAGAGAGAAGAUUACAGGAGGCUCAGCCCAGCAUAACAGGGCUAGAACAUUUUCAUAGGAGGCUCUUUGUUGCUAAUGAGCAGGGAGAGGGAAAGAAAUCAGUUGCUAAAUUCCCACAUUUCAGUCUUGUAAACUGGGUAAUUGUGGAUAUGGUAUGUGGUAGACAGACCUGGGGUAGGAACAGUUUCUUCAUGUUAAGAUUCUGGAGGAGAGCUUCUAUUAUUAGGCUACAGAUAGAUAAAGUCUUAGCUAUAUCAUGGAAAUGGAGUCCACACUGGUUCUAGAACAGCAUUUCCCAAACUGCAUUCUGUCAGAUGCUCUGUAGAAAAGGGGUUUCAUUGAGCAAAGCUUGGAAAAUGAUGCAUGUUACUCUCCUGCUUGAAGAUGACAAAGGAUGCGGGCAUAAAGCCUUUGACCAGUCCUUCUGUGAAAAAAAGAAAACCGUUUAACUUUGUUUAAUCCUGCUUUGCCCAGAUUAAUGUAAACAUGGUUUUAAACUUACCAUCCCCUGGGAAAAAACAUAUUUGAAAAAUACUAUUUUAAGAAAAUUAUUGUACCAGGUUGCCAUAAUGGGUAGAUAAGAAUAAGAUUUCCUUUUCCCUUAUCAGUUAUUGGAGAGAAUCUGGUUCAAAAUCAGAAUAAUUCCAUUUUAGCCUGUAGACAUAUUCAUCUUGAGCGAAUGCUGGAUUAGUAGAAUUUUAUAUGUCUACAACUUGUUUCAUAGCACCUUGAUUUUCUUAAUCAGGUUGUGGUAUUUUGUGGAGAGCAAAAUUUAUUCUUUUUUGUGUUGAAUGGAGAACUGAAAAACCUUAAACAAGAUUACUUCUAAAAAUUGUCUAAGAGACUAGUAACUAAUGCUUAUGGCUCUAUGGGUAAUGAGUCAAUAACAUUGAUUCUUACUUUCAGAAAGUAUAGUCAGUGAACAUUUUCUAAAUACUUUUAUAUAUAGAACACCAUAUUUAGAUCGAAUUCCUGUUAUUCUUUAAUGAAGGAACAAACAACAUCCCAAAUUAGAUAUGUUGGGAGGGAGGGAGGCAAACUAUUAUAAGUUGGGCUUUUGUUUUCAUCAACAAAUUUUUGAGACACUUUUGUAACCGCUAGUGUUUGCAUUCCUUGAUACUUGCCAGCUAUAAAGAGAAUCCAAGAGCCUAAAUUAUUCAGAAAUAACAGUAUUCCAUGUCAGGGAAUUGGCCAUAUGUAGUACAGACAAUUCUCCCCUUUCUGCAAAUAGGUUUCCUGGGACAGUUACAGAAUCCUGGGCUUGCUUUCUCUUAUUCCCUAGCCAGUUUGUACUCAGGGAAUACAGAUUGAUUUUUUAUUAGAUGAGACGUAAUUGAGACGAUAAUCAUAGACAACUGUUACAGAUUUGUUGACUAUUUGGAUUUAUCUGUAAAUGUACAGUAUAUUGAGUUAAUAUAAGCAAUGCACCUUCCAUUUAUAAAAUACAAGAUCUUGGAAUGUGCCUACCAUAGACACUGCAUGUUUGUCUAUUCACUGGUUAAUAAUUUAAAUCCUGUUAAUGGCUGUGAAAUCUCAGUAUCUAAAUGCUAGACGUGUUCACAGUUUUGUCUGUUUUUCUUUCUUUUUAAAGACCUCCACGUUUUCAAUUUGGCACUCCUUUACCUGAUCAUUCUGUCACCCUGUGACUUUGAAAAUAGGGAAUGUACUUUAAUAAUAGUUCUCAGAAACUCUAAAAUUCUGGAUGAGGGAUCUGUGCAAUCUGUCUGUAAGUCACAUCCUGUGUUGGGCCUCAUUUUUGUAACCUCUAAAGUGGGAGGGAUAGAUUAAAAGACUUCCGAGUUACCUUUCAGCUUUAAAGUUCGGUCUUCUCUGCCUUUUCAUAUGAUGUGUAUUAGUGAUCAUUUUUUACACGUUUAGAGAUUUUAUACUAGUGCGAAUGGUCUGUAUUUGUUUGGCGAGGUGUUUUGAAGGUAUAUACUAAAAUAUUUUUCUAAAUACAGCUGCCUCCCUGGAAUACAAAUGGUAAAAAUCAUCCAGAAAACCAAACAUGUUCAAAUGUCAUGUGUACUUGCCAUAAAGCAAAAGAUUACUAAUUUGGAGUGAUGGAAGUGUUCCAUACAUUUUAAUAGUGAUUUUUAGAUCCAGAGACCCUCCAUAUCGUCUAUUAACUUAUUUAAUACGUUACAGUAACCUUGUGAGUUAACGAUUUUCCAGAUGAGAAAGCAGGACCAGAAAGCUCUUCACAAGGCUUUAAUGCCAUACAAGUGUUCAGUGAUGAUCACUGCUCUUUAUAUGCCCCCUUCCUCUGGGGGAAAACAGUCUGAAUCACUGAAAUAUCUGCAUAAUUGAGUAAUAAAAUAAAGAUGUAUUGCUUUCAAGUCUUAGAGUGACAUGAAGUAGUCUUAACUGAAUAUUUUUUAGUUUAAUUAUUUGAACCAGUUGAUUGUACUAACUAGAUGUAAUUAUCGUAAGUAUUUAUGAUUAGCAUAUUGAUUUUUGUUAAGUACUUCUAAGUUAUUGAGGGUGCUUAAAAAAUACUGAAGAAACUUUUUAGGACAUGAUUCUUCCUUUAACUUUAUUUAUAUGAUUCUCAUAGCAAAGAUUUUUUUAGAAAGUAAAACUAGCCCCAACUCCUAUCUUAAAUUAUCAUAGUUUUUGACUAUUAAUCUAAAUUAGGCUUAUCUAAAUUUCAUAUACAGAUUGAUAAUUUUUCAUUUUAUAUGCAUAUUAGAUGAUAAGAUGCUAUUUUCAUAGAGUAUAUUUCUAUUCACAAACUACCUAAUUAUUAUUGGCUUGAUAUGGAGUCUUUUAAACCUUAUAAAAAUUUGAAAUGUAAUUUAUGUUUGAGCUUUUAAAAGUGUAUCUUAUUUAAGCAAGUUGCUGGCAUCCUUACCAGCAUAAAUAUAAUAAUUAUAAUGCAUUUGAUGCCACUGGACAGUAAUAACAUAAAGAACAGGACCCACAGUCUAGACUAUGCUGAGUUUUAAUUAAACUUUUUCAGUCAUAACCUGAUGAGAAUCAGGCUGGGUCUAGAAGUUAGACUGCGGGGCUGUAUUAAUUUCAUGAGCCAAUGUUAAUGUUUACUGCCAGCCUGCAUAGCAACGCCAGUUUGCAGCCGUGAUUGUGUAUGUGUCUUUUGGUAACUACCGUUUAUAGGUCAAGCAGCUCAGAUGUUAUGGAAGUAGCUCGUGGUUAUUUGGACAAGCAGGGUAAGUAAAUUUAAGUUACAUUUGAAAAAGUGCAAUUAAGGAAAUCCGAGAGCAGAAUGCUCUUUCCAGGAAAAAAGUGAAGUGCUUAUAGAAUAUCCUAGCAUGACAACUCUUUUGAACAUACAGAGAAUGUUGACAAGGUUCAUACAGUGGGAAUUCUUUAAUUCGCUGUUUGCUACUUUGUGUCGAUUUAAAACUUCAAGGAAGGAUGGGAGGGAGGCUCAAGAGGGAGGGGAUGUGGGGACAUGUGUGUGCACAUGGCUGAUUCGCUUUGUUGGGCAACAGAAACUAACACAGUAUUGUGAAACAAUUAUACUCCAAUAAAGAUGUAUUAAAAAAAAGACUGAAGAAAAAAAAAUUUCAAGGAAGGAAUAGGAACAUUCUAGCCAAGGAUAACUGCAUAUUUAAUUUUUGCUGCUAAUUUAAGCAUGCAUUUUUCACAGCUAAAAGUCCUUUUUAAGUUUUGUUACAAAGAAAGUCCAUUUUUCUAGACAGAUAACAUUUUCCUAAGAUGGAAAAAACAGAUCCACUAAAAAAACAAAAACACCUUAAUUAAUUGUGCCUUUUCUCUUGAGUUGUAGAACUAAUAAUUAGUCAAAAACUUGUUUAAACUGUUUUUUCCCUAAUUCCUCUCAUUUUUCCUUAAAUCUGUCCUCCACAAACGGUCACAUUGUUUGCUUUUGCCUGUUUGUUUUCAGGUUCCUUUGGCCAGACCUCACUAUCAUUGUCAGAAAUUGUUCACUAAAUGUGUUUUUCUGUUUGUUUUAUGUUGUUUCACUUUUUAAAGUCACCUUGGUAAAAGUAUGGCUGCCUUUUCGUGUUUUUAAAAUGAAUGCAAUGAAUAGCAAUCUUUAUAUUUCAACCCUUUAAAAAGUUUGUAAAGGAAAGAAAUAAUGCGGAGCAAAGAACAAAAUCUAAUUUUGAAUCUGAUUCUCAGUUUGGCUGCUUGACAGCAGCAAGUCAUUUAACCUCAUUUAGUUUUUUUAAUCUACAAAAUGUGGAUAAUAACCUACCUCACAGAUGUGUGUGAGAAACUGAAGGCCCUUGCUUAAAAUACAGGGUUUAUCAUCAUAUUUAAUGUAAAUCCCUUCCUUUUUUUUAAUAGAUAUCUUUGAUACUGAUAGGAUGAGUAUCUUGAUUUUAGGUAAGUCUUAUGUGGUAAGAAUAUAGUGGUAAAAAUGUUUAAGACCACAGUUUCACAAAUUAUGGUAUUCUUAUUUUAAGGGACUUUAAAAAUUUCUUUAAAGUAUCGAACAUCCAAAUAUCAAAUUUGUCUUUUGUUGCAGCAGAUAUUCAGAACUUCUUAAACUGUUGGCUGAAGAUGCCUUAAUGUACCAAAAUACAGCUUUCUCUCCAGACUAUUCACAAAUAUCUAUGGUUGUAUGAUGUUUUGAGUGUUUAAUGUAAAAUUGUUAGAGAACUGUGAACUCUAAGCAUAGUAAUCUUAAUGUUUUAGGAAGAAUGUGUUCUGUAUCAUGUAUGCUUAAAUAUCAUACAGUGACUUUUUGAGUGCAACAAACAAAACUGAAAGUUGACAGCCAUUAGGUUGUCAGACAAUCAUAAGAAAAUGUAAGAUUGGAUAUUAAUUGUUCAGAAAAUUUUCAAGAACACUUUGCAUUCAUUCUUUCUUAGCCCAUCUUUGGAAAAAAAAAUCCCAUAGGCUGAUGCACUUACUUACCCACCGAAGCACUUGAUUACAUAUCUAUUAAAAUAAUUUUUUUAACUGUUGAAAUUGGGAUCAUUUUCUAUAAUUCAUUUCAGGAAGGGGAAAAAAGACCAGACUCUUAGUGCUUUUGUGUUUUAAUAACCAUAGAUUCAAAGUUCAGUUUUGUUUGUUAUGUAUUUUUUGUGAGUGUUAAAUGAUCAGUGGGAAGAACGUCUUCCAGCAACUGUGUGGUAAAGAUGUCUUCUUGAAUUACACAGCAUUUCGUAGUUAUAGGUUCUCCCUAGUUAAUACUUGCACUGUACAAACUCAUAGGUAACAAACACAAAAGAGAAAAGCAGCCUAUCUGAUUACUUAUAAGCUUUUUUCACAAAAUCAAAUUAAAGUCUCUGGUUAAUUUGAAAGCUGUUUUGUUUCUGUUCAGUCGUUAAGCUAAUAUUCUGCAACUCAAUUAAUAGUUACAAAGCCAUUGUAGUAGAACUUUGCUUCCUGUGAUUCCUUGGAGAUUCCAUACCAUCUUUGCCCACUUUUGUCUUCCUUGUUGUACACUGUAGUUUCUAACUUCAGCCAUUGUAUUAGUUUCCUAUUGCUGCCAUAAGAAGUUACUACAAACUUAGUGACUUAACACAAAUUUAUUGUCUCACAGUUCUGUGAGUCAGAAGUUCGGUGGGCUUAUUAGCUGGUGUUUCUGCAUCAAGUUACACAGGCUGAAAACCAAAGCAUUGGUAGGGCAUGGUUCUGGGGCAGAGUCUGUUUCAAAGCUCAUUCGAGUUGGUGGUGAAUUUAGUUCUGUGCUGCUGUGGGAUUGCAGUCCCAUUUCCUUUCUGGGUUUGGCUUGUAGCUUCUAGAGACCAGCAUCAUUCUCUGGUCCAUGGCUCCCUUCACCUUCAAAGCCAGUGACAGGGGGCUUAUGCUUCAAAUGUCGCCUGCCUCUUCUUCACUAUAUCUCUGGCUGACUCUUCUGCCUUCCUCUUCUGAUUGUAAGGGCCCAUGCUAGUAAAUAGGGCUCACUUCGAUAACCUUCCUAUUUAAGGCCAGCUGGGUAGCAAACAAUUUCAUCUAUAAAAAGUCCCUUUUUUACAAGUCACAUUAACAUAUCUACAGGUAUUAAAACCAGGACACGGAGAUCACGGAGGCCAAAAUUCUGCUUACCAUAGAAGACCUCAGGUUUACAACAAAAUUUUACACUGAAGGCUGCUGAGAAUAGAGAACAAGCAAUGUAGAUGUGGUCCUAUGUGCUUAUGAUGGUCACCUCCCAUAUUUAUAUAUCUAAAAGCAACUUUUUGAAAAAUAUAUGCUAGCUCUCAUUAAAAACACAUCAAAGUCAAGCUAUAUAAGAUUUCAAUUUGCUUUAUUCAAACUUAGAAGAACAGAUUUGUUUUUAUUAGUGAAUACUUUUUUUCCUUUAUUUCCUAAAUUGUAUGGGUAAUACAUGCUUAUCGUAGGAAAUCUGAGUAGGAAGUUUGAAGAAGCUGAAAAAAAUCAUCCAAACCCUGUUACCCAGAAACAACCACUUCUUAGGAAUUUGUCAUUAUAUAUUGACUUUUUGCCCUUCCUCUUCUUCCCCUCAGAAUCUAUGUUUUAAAAGUUCUGAACAUGUGCGGGAGAGGCCCUGCUCAAGAGAAAGCUAUGUCGACUUGGAAGACCAAGUGUGUCAGAGGUACUCAGAAGGAGGAAGGGACAGCUUUGGUGGUGCAUGUUAACAGGUUGCUGGUGGCCCGGCCUAUAAAUGAAUGAGAGGCCCAGUGGAAGCCUCUGUUAGGGUCAAGUCCCUUUGUAAGCUGUCUUUUAUCCACAGAGUGUUCUCAUCUUUAAUGAUUUCUUUUUAUGCAAAAUUAAACAGUAAAAUAGACAGUUUUUCCAUUGAAAUGUUCUGCUAGAUGAGGGUUUCUAGGAGACAGAUGACAUUUGCUUGAGCCAUUACUGAAACUUUAGUUAUAAUGUUUGCAUUAAAGAACCUUGUAGAUUAAUAGUGUAUGAAGUUUAGUUUCAGUGCCGUGAUUUAAAGAAUGGAAGAAAUGUGGCUGAUAGCAAAACAGAAACAACUACUUCGAUGUGGAUGGAAUGUUCUUCCUAAAAAUGUAUUCCAUAUCAAUAAAUAGUAAUUAGGUACUAGUUUAUGUUAGACCAAAUGGUUUAUACUUCAAAAAACAUAGAAAAGUGUUCAGUUUCAAAAGCCUGUUAAGUAUAUCUAUGUAAAAUUAUUACAUCCUAGCCAUUCUUUCAAGUCUUAACCUUUGAAUUUCAAAAACCUGUUUUUGUGUUCAGCAUCUUCCAACUUCAGAAAAGUCCAGGUACUAAAAAUAACAACACUUAGUGUUUUGUAUUAAGGAUUUUAGGACACUUUUAUUUAUAUUAUUACAUUACAGCCUGACAACAACCCUGAGAAGUAGACAAGGUGAGUGUUAGUAGCCCUGCUUUACUGAUGAGGAAAUGGAGACACAGAGCUGAGUCAUGGAAUUAGAAUAAGAGACCAUGUGAUGUGAUGGAAUGUGCAUGGGACAAACCUAUGUCAGGUAAAAUGUAGUCCCCCUGCCACCUCAGGAUUUAAGAUACGUCAUGUUUUGGUGCGGUGGCAAGUGUGCUAUGUGGGUUUUGAUCCUCGUUUGUACACGAUUAUUGCAGGAAUGGUGUCUGCUCAACAGCCCGGUACUCCCUCUGGCUUUGCCCAUGGGCCAUACCUGUCCCGUGUCGUCCUCUUCUACCGUGCCCACAGUGUGGGAGAGGGCUGCUGUUGCCCGGUUGCCCGGCCUCUCACUGAGAAGUAAAUUCAAUCCGGGGGGGGGGGGUCCAAGCAGAAAUAUAUUCUAAGAAGUCUUUCUUUGGUGCCAGCCUUAAUCUCAUCUCCCAGAAAAGAAAUCUCAGUGUCACUUCCUAAUUCCUUUUCUCUCUCACUUCUACCUCUAAUGGGGCUCCUGAAACUAUAUAUUUCUGUUGCUGCUGUCUUAAGGUCUACUGGUCUUAACGCCUCAAAAUAUUGCAAAAUUAACUAGUCUCCUCUCGUUCUAAUCUGUCAUCCAUAAUCUUUCACCCAUAUUGCCAUGAUUUUAUUUUCCUUUUUUUUUCCGGACACCUGGCAUUGUCUUCCUGCUUAAGACCUUUGAAUGCUUCCUACUCUCUAAAGGAAAAAAAGUCCAAGUGAACUCUGUCACAUUCUAGCCCUGACUUACCCCAUUCUAGCACUUGCCAUUUCCUAUCAGAUACACUGUAGUCCUUUUACCUUGAAUUUCUUCCUGGUCACCAGGCAGAGCAUGCAUUUUUCCAUCUCUGUGUCUUGUCUAACAAAUAUAUGUGUUUAAAGGCCAAGCUUCAGUGUCACCUGUAUGUUGUGUGUUAUAAUUGUUAUUGUAAUAACCUCUGUACCUAUCUUCCUCUCUAAACUUUAUGAAUACUUUUGAUCCCUGUCUUCUAGAAUAAGCUUGGCCUUUAUUGACACGUGCCAUUUGGAACAAGAAAAAGAAGAUAAAAAAAUAUAGAAGCUUAAAAAAUAGUCUCACAGUAUAAAGGAUGAAGCCACGUAUCAUACCCUUGAAGGGCAGGAUCACCCUAACAGGCAGUGUACAUCAUCUGAAAAAUAGAAUGUUAUUUACGGCUCAGAUUAUUUAUGUUUCUUUACUUUCUGUAAGUAAAAAUACCUGUGAAUUAUUUUAAUAGAUAAUUUGGGCAUAAGCAAAAUAAUAUUCUGUUGUUUAAAAUAAGUAAAAUGGUUAUUUUAAACUGAUAACAGCAUAUGUAUUAUUUAAAUUUUAUUAAAUAUAUUUAGGCAAUUCUCAAAAUGUUGGGUGAAUUUAGGAAAAAACUACUUUUCAGCAUACUAUUCCCAAAGAAACCAAUUUUGGGCAGCAUUUGUCUGAUUUUAGUUUUGUGACAAAGCUGGUAUAUAAAUGUCCUUCUGCUUUGAGAUGAUACCUUAAAUCGGAAUAUUUAAAAGAUGUUGGUUAUACUAUUUACUUUUCAGAAUUAAAUUACACCCAGUUUAAACGCACAACAUCGUCUAGAAAUUAUAAACACUCGUGUACUAACAUUAGAAGCAUUAGAAGCAAACUAACCAUCUGCACAACUGGCUAGGUGCCAUAAGGCGUGAUUUCUGACUUUGGACAUGGCUCAUUAAACACGUGCUGGAAUGCCAACACACACUGUUUCACAUUCUCUUGAGCCAGCAGUGAAAUAGAUACUGAAAUAGACAUUGAAAGAUAACUGCUUAGGAGCAAAAUCUGCAUCUAAAUGUGGAGGGUUUGUUUUUCUCCUCUAAAUUCCUGAUGAAAGUUUCCACAGAUUCCACCAUCUCAUGCUGACACGUAAACUGAUGUGAGGCAGGACUGAGACCUUAGAACGAGUUCUCACUUGUGCAGGCUGUACCAUUUGAUCUUGAUCUUCCUAAGGUGACUAAACUUCAUGCCUGAGAAAAAAGAAAAAUAGACAAACAUUUUGAAAUACAGGUCCAUGGAAUAGUGAGUAGGAGAUUUCAGGGGAAUUUUUUAUCCAGUUUAAUUUUUUUUUUUUUCGGUACGCGGGCCUCUCACCAUUGUGGCCUCUCCCGCCGCGAAGCACAGGCUCCGGACGCGCGGGCCCAGCGGCCAUGGCUCACGGGCCCAGCCGCUCCGCGGCAUGUGGGAUCCUCCCAGACCGGGGUAUGAACCCGCAGCCCCUUCAUCGGCAGGCGGACUCUCAGCUGCUGCGCCACCAGGGAAGCCCCCAGUUUAAUACUUUUAUGCUCCUUUAAAAUGCUUAUAAAUAUGCUCCGUAGAGACGUUUGAUAACCUCAGGAGCGGCAGACACAAAAAUAGUCUCUUGCAAGUAAUCCUUACAGAAUAGGGCAUUGCAUAUUGAAAAACUUUUCCUGAAUUUAAAUACAUGAAACAGUCUUUCCUUGAGACUUAUAGACAUAAUAAUGUAUUAUGUAUUUAGAAUUUAUUAUUUAAAGUAUAACAUCAAGCCACUUACUUGAAAUCUAGAUGUUCAAUUAGCACAUAUCCAUCUAUAGAAAUAAAAAUCACUAUUACUAAUCUGAAAGUUAUAAUGCUUUGAGGUUUUUUUAAAAAACAGUGAUUGAAAUCUUAUGGGCAAUAAGCCAGUAACUUACAUUUGCCUUUAGAAUUGCGACAUAUCACUAGAUUUUCUUCAGUGAUAUCAAUGACUUCCAGUUCUUCUCCAGGGGUUAUUGGCAAGUCGAAUAUUCCAUUUCUUGAAUUAUUGGAACAUGCCACUGCUGUGUUCAUGACAGUAAUUUCUUUGUCAUACUGAAAGGAGAAAUUCCUAAUCGGAAUGUGCUUGCAUAGUUUUCAUUGUAACAAAAUUAACGGAAGACAUACUAACCUCAAAAUAAACUCAAGAUGCUAGAUAUUAAUUAGUUAACUAAUGACUAAGGGACAGAAAAUAAUAGCAAGAUAUUCAGGGAAAGAAAAGUUAUUUAAGGAAAUAAUGGUACAUUUAUUAUUAUCACAAUCUUUCUUACAUUUGUUUGUUACAUAUUGUUACAUAUUUUCAAAGUGUUUUCACACCCAUUAUCUAAUUGUACUAGAAUGAAUUCUGGUGGGUGAGAAGGUGUUAACAUUGGUAUAAAUUAAGUACCAUGAAUGGUACGUUCACUGUUGCAGUAAUAAAGGCACCACCAAACCUGGGAAAGGACCAGUUAAAAAAGGAAAAAAAAAGAGGGAAAGAGAAAAACCUCUUUCUUUGUGUAGUACUUUAGAGUUUAUAAUUCUUUCUUACACACAGCAUUUCUAGCUGUUCUUUCUACCCUUCCUCUCUGGUGGGCUCAUAUAUUCUUAUAUACAUACAGCUGUAGCACACACAUUUUAAAGAUGUGUGGGGCAAUUCCCACUCUCGCUUGGUGGUUAAAGAUGAGCAUUUGUGGAAAAAACUGAGGAAUUUGAUUUCUGACCUCAGGGGAGUUUUUUUCUGUGUGGUAAACUAGCCAACCCAUACAUCAGCAGGUACACCACCUUCUAAUGUAACUGAAAUCCAUUGACUGGAAAAUAAUAGUUCCAGAAUAUGUAGCUUAUAUUUACAGAUGUCCGCUUCACCAAAUUAGGGUGGCCAAACAUCUUCCUUUGCUUGGGAUAGUCUCUACUUAUAGUUAAUGUCUCUAUUUAUAAAUACUUACUGUGAUUAAGUGUGCCUCCUUCCACUCUCAGAAGUGUCCUGAAUUUGGAUGAUAAAUUAUGAUUAACCUAUACCAAAUGGGAUCUAAUCCACAAAAUUUUUCUUUUGCCUAACAGAGUGAUCUUACCCUUUCCAGGCCAUAGUUCACUGUGAAUGCACAGUGAUCUCUUAAAAUGUAAACCUGAUUAGGUGGUCACCUUCUUUUUUUAUAAAGUCCUAGAAACUCUUCAUUCAGGGUAAGAUCCACAUUUCUUAGUUUGACAUUCAGAGUCCUUUGCCUACCGUCAUUCCCCGUCCCCCCGUUUCUGUCCCCUUUAUUGAAGCCACAUCAAGCUAUGUGAUAAGCCUGAAUGUGCCGUGUACCUUACAUAUGUCCAUGCCAUUGCUCCUACUGUUUUCUCUGCCUGAAAUACUCUUCUUUCUUAGGUACCUUUUGUGAAGACUUUCAUGACUGCCAUGUAUAAUUUACUAUUUUAACUGCACUUUGUAUAUACCCCUAUUGUGGAUUCUGAUUAACAUACUGUCUCAUACAUUGAAAAUGGAAAACAGUUUUAUCCAUCCUUGUACCCUCAAUGCCUGGUACAAAUGGGGCACCCAAUAUUUUGUGAUUUGAGCUGAAUAAAAAUUAUUGAAACUGUA